CUCAGCACUAACGUGCUGAUCUUCGCAAUCUUGCAACGAACUCGGGAAGCCGCUGUUCAGCAUCAGACUGAAUUGACCUUCUGGUCCCCAAACUCGAAGAAACAGCCACGUCUGCAGUGUCGCACCCAAGCCGAGACGUCAUGGCCACCAGCCAUUCCAGCGCUAUCCAAGUGGCGAAAUAGCGCCUGUGACUGUUUCGAUAUACUGCACUGGAACGCGAACAGUAUAGCAGCUCGUGCUGGGGGUUGGGAGCAUCCGACUAUUUUCCACCUCCAUACUGCGCGACUGGUCCUGCUAGCUCCAAUCCGCCACAUCCAGCAGCUGGCGGCCGCACAUGCGGCGAGCAUGUCUCGGGAGGCCGAGUCCACAGGCUCUUCGACUGCCCGAUAUCAUGUGUUUCAGUGGGCAAUUCGGGACCAGUACAAGGCGAGACUGAGCGUAAUCCAUGCCGGAGCCCUCCUUUGGCAUGUUCGAAGAUACAGCAGCAAUAGUUUUUUGGAGCCGUUUGCCGUGUAUACCGCGACUCUGGUGAUCUGGGCUUAUAGUACCUCCGUCCAGCGUGUAAGUGGGAGACCUGGAGGAGACAAUGUAGCCCUAGAUGGUCUCCGUUCUGAGAAUACAAUAAUGCGGCAAGGCCAGCAACGCCCCCUUGAUGCCUCAGAAACUCUGGACAGUGAUGAGUCUCAGGGCGAGACUGAGCCGACAGUCAUACAGCUUGACCGGCCCUGUGAUGAUGAGAUCGUCCAGGCGUAUGUGUGUCUCGGCCACAAGAUGUCUGCCCGCAUGUCCAGAGUCGGCGACAUUUUAGGCUCAUCUGCUCCAAGCAGGAUUCUCAAGCAAGGUAUCCGGCUGAUGACUAGAACACAACGUCAGUUUGUGGGAGUAUCUUCUCCUAGCAGACGCACGCCUUCGAGCACAGGUGGGGACUCCGAAGCGGCUUUUCCAGGUUGGGGUGCGGAGCGGUCAUUUGCGAACUCCCUCAGAGGUUUGGCCAGUGUGGUGGCAGGAGCAACUCCGGAGGGAAACUCAGGAAAUCACCCCGAAUAGCAUCAUACGUCCGCGGGGUCUCCAGUGCUCCACGCCACCGGAACAAGCCUCUGACGGUCUGACCCCCACUGGAGAUUCCCCGCUCCUUUCAAUCCUGGAGAAGCGGGUCACAAUGGCGAAUAAAAGGUCAUACAGCGUGCGGAGUACAUAUAAUGCUGAUCAUUCUCUCCAAUAAAUCCCUUGGUGCGCUCGUCCGUAUACCGUGGUGUAUCCUGUGGUUUGGGCAUUCAGCCUUUUUUUCUUCGAUCACGCAUCUCAGCGUUGGUGGUCAAUCAUCAUACCAUAACGCCCACUAUGGCAUCCAAGAUUGACGGUGAAGCGAUACAGUCGACCUCCGCAGAGCACGAAAAUGUUGCUCAGGAUGACAAUGCCAAAGACACGGCCGGCGCUCGGAUGGCUGCGCAGCAAGAACACCAUCUAGGGCUCUGGGAGGCUAUACGUCGGUACCCCAAGGCUGUAAUGUGGUCGGUAUUGCUGUCGACUUCAAUCAUCAUGGAGGGCUAUGAUAUUGUCCUCAUCUCGUCGUUCAUCGCGCAGCCAUCCUUUCGAAGCCGUUACGGCGAGUAUGAUGCAGGCACCGACAGCUACCAGAUAACAUCAGCCUGGCAGAAUGGCCUCAGCAACGCUGUCAGCAUUGGGACUAUCAUUGGCGCCUUUGCAAAUGGAUACUUUGUGCACAAGUUCGGCUACCGCAGGGUUCUACUUAUCUCACUCGUUGCCAUCUGCGCGUUUAUCUUCAUUUCAUUCUUCUCGCCCAGCCUACCCGUUCUUCUGGUGGGCCAGCUUCUUUGCGGUAUCCCCUGGGGCGUGUUUGCUACCAUGGCCCCCGCGUAUGCUUCCGAAGUGUGCCCAUUGGCUUUGAGAGGAUAUCUCUCGGUAUAUGUCAAUCUCUGCUGGGCAUUUGGCCAGCUCAUCUCCGCUGGCGUCCAGUCGGGCUUCUCGGACAAUACCACUCAGUGGUCGUACCGGAUCCCAUUUGCCAUACAAUGGGCGUGGCCUGUAUUCCUGUUCCCUAUCCUUUGGUUUGCCCCCGAGUCGCCAUGGCAUUUCAUCCGCAUUGGCAAAUACGACGAGGCCGAGGCUUCUGUUAUCCGGUUGAGCUCCGGCAUCCAGCACAUGCACUCCAAAGAAACCAUCGCGAUGAUGAUCCACACCAAUGAGAUCGAAAAGUCCAUUGACGAGGGAACCUCGUACAUCGACUGCUUCCGUGGCGUCGAUCUCCGCCGCACCGAGAUCGCAUGCAUGGCCUUUGCCGCGCAACCAUUCUGUGGCUCCGCAAUGGGUGGCACACCGACCUUUUUCUUCGUCCAAGCCGGCCUCCCCGAGUCCAUUUCGUUCAAAAUGUCCGUUGGCGGUCUUGGGAUUGCCUCCGUAGGAACUAUUGUCUCCUGGUUCUUCCUCGCCUCCUUCGGCCGACGCACCCUCUACCUCUGGGGCCUUGGCCUCCUCUCCUCCAUCUUGCUCGCAGUCGGCUUCACCAACGUCGGCGCUGGCCCAGACUCCACUGGGGGCAACUACGCACAAGCAGGCCUAAUGCUCGGGUGGCUAGGAAUCUACUACACAACCGUCGGACCAAUCUGCUACGCGAUCAUCUCCGAAGUCUCCUCAACACGCCUACGCAACAAGAGCGUGUGCCUUAGCCGGAUCGCGUACUAUGUCGCGCAGAUCGUGUCUAACAGCGUCAAUGCGGAGAUGCUCAACCCGACGGCGGGCAACUGGCGCGGCAAGACGGGGUUCUUCUGGGGCGGGUGCUCGCUUGUGCUUUUUGCUUGGUCGUUUUUUCGCCUUCCCGAGACGAGAGGGAGGACUUUUGAAGAGCUGGAUAUCUUGUUUGCGAAGAAGGUGCCGACGCGCAAGUUUAAGGGGUAUGUGGUUGAUGCUUAUGAGGGUGAGGGUGAGGGGGCUAACAUGACGCCUGAGAAGCGUGAAUGAGGACUUGAAUAGUGAGAGGGUUAUUUAGAAGGGACUUUUAGAAGAGGCCCAAGGGAGAGAAUUCUGGUUGUCUAUUAUAAUGCGGAUGGUGAUGCACAUGCACUUGAUUGUUUCUCAAGUUACCACUGGUUGUAAUACCUAGUGUAUUCACUCAUACUGCCUACUCCAAUUCCCACUCUCUAUAUAUAAGUCUUUUAUACACUGAUGUACUAUACCACCCCCCAAUGCCCCUCUACUAGGCAUCAACCAGGAAUCUUAAACCCCUUCACACCAUCUCUAAACAUCCCCCGCGGAUCCACCUCCCUACUAACACUUCUCAACCUCUCCACACUCUCCCCCCCAUAGCUCGCAAUCGGAUCCUGCCACUCGGCCGCAUAGUUCAAGUACAGAAAUGGCUCGUACGCGUCUAACGCCUUUGCAUCACGCUCAAUCCCCUCGACCAACGCACGCGCCACUCGCUCAACAGUCUCGUCGUCCUCCUCAUUAUCCCACGAGACGCUAAGCUGGGACACGACUAGCGACUCGCCGUCAGGUGUGUCCGGUAGACCCAUUGAGUUGGUGUUUGCGUGGCGGGCGUAGAUGGAUGGUGGGAGUGGUUCGAGGGAGAGCGACCAGACGAUUCCGGGGAUGUGCUCGAUGGAUGCGAGGCUGGCGUUCCAGUUGUUGUAGGUUGCGUUGAGCAUGGGUUUUGUGGAGGUGUGUGUGGUCACUGCGCUCAGCUGCCUAGUUUUUGUUAGCAUCGCCUUCUACAUACCCAGACAGAGCACCUGAUAUAGAGCGUAUGAUAGAAUAGACAGAAAAAAGUAAAGAGAAAUGGGUUUGGAAUAGAAGGGAAGCAUACCGCCUCCCA